UCCAGCUUCAGGAGAAUAGGACCAUUGCUCCUCGGCGAAAAGGCGUCGGCUGAUCAAACUAAGUCCUGAAGAAUUGACCCUUACUUCAUCUGCAUCCAAGAACAAUAUACUUCGACAACAUAACAUACACAUCAGACCAACACUGCUAUAUUCGACCGCUAGAUAGCCAUGUGUUUUUGGUGCUUCAGAGAGUCGCUGUAUCGCAGUUAACAAAAUGUUUGGAAAGCCGAACCUCAAGAUCCUCAGCCUUGUCACCACGACAAUAUGUGCCUUCACGAUAUUUUCCGACUUUAUCGGCAUGUUGCACCGUCCCAACAGCCUUUCUGACGCCAUAAUAACACGAGGGUCGAAAGUACCUCGAUCGAGUAUUGCAAAGCUUUCCAUGCUGUAUGGAGAGCCAAAUCCUCUUUACGAACGAGCGCUGGCCGCUCACACUCCGCACAACCGGAAUUUUGGAUACAGCAUGUACGUCCUCCGGGAAAAGACACUCCCGGGAUAUUGGUCAAAGCCAGCAUACAUCCUGGACCAAUUGCUUGCAGAGCUGGCUCUGCCAGAGGAACAGCGAUUGAAGUGGCUGGUAUGGGUUGAUGGUGACAUCGUCCUAAUGAAUCCCAAAAUCCCUCUGGAGAUCUUCCUUCCCCCAGAGGACAAAUGGGGUCAUAUUCAUGCCUUGGUCACGAACGACCACAGAGGACUGAACAACGGGGUGUUCUUCCUGAGGGUCCAUGAAUGGUCGGUUUGGCUGAUGACGGCGACCUUGGGGCUAGAAAUAUAUCAGCCCGAUGUUGAGCUGGAGUUUGGUGAUCAAUCCGCCAUGGGGAUCUGGGUGAAGGAUGAGAGAUUUCGCGACAACAUCAUGCAUGUGCCGCAAAGGUGGUUCAAUGCCUAUGCUGGCAAUCGUGGAGAGACCAAUGGAUUAUUUGCGGACCCUCUGUCGCCGCAGACCAAAGUGCACGCCAACAGCAUUAAGGAAGGCGACCUUCUCGUCCAUCAUGCAGGGCACAAGUCUUUGCGGGCGCAGCGGAUGACGCCCUGGAUGGAUGUUGCUGAGCAACAUUUACCACAAUGGGAACUCGAUCUUGAUGAAACCGAGUACGAACAGGAGAUUAAAGAAUUCUGGCAGAACGAGGCACCGAAAGAGAAAAAACGAGUAGACAAUAUGAUCAAGAAAGAGCAAAACGACAAGAUGAAGAAGCAGAUGAAGGAAGCUGAAGCUGCCAAAAAGAUAGAAGACGCGAAAAACGUGGCUCAGGACAAAAAGGGUCCAGGCCACGAGAAGCAAAAGGAUCUAGAGCGACGAGGAUCGUAGACUAAAUAAUUCCGCGAAGAAUUGUGUAGUAUUAAUAUCGAUGUGUGUUCAUUAA